AUGGCAAAACCAAGAGCAACAUCCAACACCAACAGAGAUAAUAAUAACAAAAACAUAAGAGAUAACUUUAACAACAAGUCAUAUCGCAUUUCACUCCAAGAUACUAGUAUCGUAGCAGGAGAGGAUGUAGUAGUAAAGAACGCACCCUUCCUCAUAGUCGUCUCGUCCAAUCCAGGCGACGAGUCGAGCAUCUCUGCCACCCAAGAUACACAAGACAUUACAGUCGACCUCGUCGAAGCUGACAAUGUCGACCAAGCCAUCGUUUGCCGUACCACCUCGUCAUUUGAUCACAACGUAUACCUCAAGGAAGGAUCCAUCACCGUCGAAGCUCGUAUCCACGUCCUCUCCUCCAAGCAAGAAGGUAUCUCGUUUAGAAUGACCAUCAAGUUUGGUUCUCAAUCCGUCGUCUCUCCACCCAUCAAAUGUGUAUCCAAGUUAGACCCAAAAAAGAAAAGAAAUAUUAGUGAUCUUCAACAACAACAAAGUCAACAAAUAAUAAUUGAAGAUGAACAACAACAACAAGAAAUCACAAAUAAUAAUAAUAAUAAUAAUAAUAAUAAGAACAAAAGAAAACAAUUAGAACCAAUUACACCAACUACAUUAAUAUCAACACCAUCAAAUAUCAACUCUAUAAAUAAUAAUACAACUCUAUCAAAUACAUUGGCAGCAAUGACCAAUGAUACAAGAGUAUUAAAAAAAGUCAAAAGACAACAAAAAAAAGAUAGAGAAUUAAUUUCUCUUUUGUACAAACAAAAUGUAAUGUUGGUCAAUCAAAUCAACGUGUUGACAUCUGGUCUCAACAAGCUCAUCUCUGUGCACAAUGAUACGUUGCUUUCCGUGCCUGCCUCGCCACCUUGUCUCCCACCAGCCUACUCGCCAGUAUCGCCACCAUGUUCUAGUCAGCAGACCGCCCCCCAAUUGCAACUCUGCUUCCAGCCCCAGUCACAACAAAUGUCGUCAUUGCCCUCAUCCCCUGAGGUCGUCCCUUCGUCGAUGGACACCUCAUCGUCUUUAUCGUUCCCUAUGAUUAAUACCGAUAUGCUGGAAAACCUCGGCCUUGCCAUGCAUGGCUCGAGUGACCAGCAUACUGCGAAUCCAGCCAAUGGCCAACAGAUGCAGUUUGACGGAAAUUGCAGCUUUGGUUCAUUCCUUGUCAAGUGUAACGGUGACGCUGGUUUCUCAAACUUCAAGACCACCAACACUGCUGCUGCUGCUACCAAGCAAGAAGAUAAUCAACAACAGGUAAUUAGAAUGUCCGAUUAUAUCGAGAUGUCGAAUUAUCAGCAACCAUUAUCAUCUGCCUGUUGCACCAACAACAGCUCUCAUGACAACACCUAUUCACACUCACUUUUAGAUUUAAAUCAUCUAGAUUUUAACAAUGUUGAAUAUUCAUCGUCUCCUUUACCCUCUCCAAAUUUCAAUGACAAUGUACCAAGUGAAUCGGACAUGAUCAUUAUUCAACCAAUUUAUCAAAUAAAGUCCCAAAUUAGGGAUGACAUUACUCCUGGUAUAUUGGCAGUCGUCGUAAUUAAUACUUUAUCAAUCGUAAUUUAA